UCCAACUCAAGAAGCCAGGGUGGAACAUUGCACACUUUUGCAACAGGACAAAUAUUUAAAGCAAAGAUUUUUCAACAGUUCAGGACAACGGCAGCAAUGAAGAUAACGCUCGCAACUCUGACUCUCUGCCUCGUGGCACUCAUGGCCACAGGUUUCCCUUUGGAGAGAAAAGGAAGCUCAUCCUCCGGCAGUGCUGCCAAGGAGAAACGUGUACAGUAUGCAGCAUGGGAUGAUGUCAAUGUCAUUGCUCAUGGCCUGCUGCAGCUGGGCCAGGGGCUGAAGGAGCAUGUGGACAAAACCAAACUCCAGAUGAGGGACAUUUCCUCUAAGCUGAAAGUGUUCAACCGCACUGUGACAGAGCUGGGGAGGGAAAGCCAGAAGCUACGCGUGGAGGGGGAAGCCCUGAAGGCUCGAGCCCACGGACUGGAGGACAGAGAGGGGCAGCUGCUGAAUGUCACGGCCGAGCUGAGGGAGAAGGCGGAGGAGAUGCAGCAGGAGAGGAGGACGAUGAGCGAGAGAGUGAGCCGGCUGGAGGAGAGGGUGGACAGCAUGCUGCAGGGAGACGCUGUGCUGCUUGACACACACGCCGGUGCCAAGAACAGUAGUGAUGCUCGCAACAUCCAGAUGAUGCUGGAGGCUCAGAACAAACGCAUUGACGAUCUGAUGGAGCGGAUCAGACUCCAGCAGGAGAAACUCGACAAGCAGAAUGUGCGCAUCAGGACCCUGCAGAGUCAGGUCCAACAGUCACGACAGAGACCAUCCCCUCAGAGCAGCAACACUGACGUACAAAGUGCCGUCGCAGAGCAAAGCGACUCACCAGCCGAUGUGGCAUCAGACUGUCAUGAGCUGUUCCUUAGAGGAAAAACCACCAGCGGGGUCUACACCAUCCAGCCAAUAAAUGCAGAGCCCUUUAAAGUCUUCUGUGAGAUGACAGCUGAUGGCGGAUGGACAGUGAUCCAAAGACGCCAAGACGGCUCAGUGGAUUUUGACCAGCUAUGGCAGGCCUACGAGAAAGGCUUUGGCAGCCUGAAUGGAGAGUUCUGGUUGGGGUUGGAGAACAUCCACUCCAUUGCUAAAGAUGGCGGCUACAUCCUCAAUAUCAAGCUCGCUGACUGGAGUGGCGACGUAGCAUCUGUCCGCCUCCCCUUCCAUCUGGGUGGACAGGAGACCAAGUACUCGCUCAAGAUUCAGGAGACCAACGCUUUCAGCCCGUUGGAGAGUUCCCUGGGGACUGACGCCGUCACCGGCCUGCCUUUCUCCACCCGUGACCAAGACAACGACAGGAAAAACGACACCAACUGCGCCAAGCACCUGUCUGGUGGCUGGUGGUUCAGUAACUGCGGCCGCUCAAACCUAAACGGCAGAUACUUCCAGAGCCCUCCUCCCAAACAGCGGCACCAGAGGAAGCAGAGCAUCUUCUGGAAGACCUGGAGGGGCCGCUACUACCCUCUGAAGACCAGCAAGAUGAUGAUUGCCCCCGCUGUGAUCGUGAACAAGUCCUAAAGAAUAGAAGGAGACAGAAAAUUGAGACAAAAAGAAGGGGAAGAAAGAUUUUGGACUGUUCUUUCUUUUCUUGGUGCUUGGUUGAUGAGGUAGAAGUUUCCAUUUCCCCUGGUUGUCUCCAUGUGAGGAGCACCAGAGCCAAAACCCUCAUAAUAGAAGCAAAAAAAAACUCACUUUAAAUGAGUUUCCACUGCUGUGUUCUCGGAGAGACGAGCAGAUGCCUCCCCUGCACCUAGAGCCACAGAUGGAAAAAAGAGACACUAAUAAAACGUGCAGUGGAAAGUUUUUUAUGUGUCGUACUAGUUGAUUCCUGCUGUUGGCACGUAGCAGGGGCCUCUAGUCAAGACAACAUCACAGGGCGAGUCCCGGCCUGUCCACUGUGGUGCAAGCCACAAAGGAUUUCCAACAAGUCGAGACUCAUCACUAGACAUGAGGUGUCAACUAUGGGUUGUUGUUGAGUUUGAAUGUGGCUUUGUGCCAGCUCAAAAACAGAUUAAGAGUUCCUUUUGUCUUGUAAAGAAUGCAUGUAGGGAGUGAAGUGCAGGCUGAUUAAGCAAGCCUUUUAAACCCAAUGGUGCGGACCAAAUAAUGACUUCGUUAAAACAAAGAGCCAUUUUCAACAUGACGUGGUGAGAUUUGUGUUCAAACGCAUUAUGUAAGGUUAUAUAUCACUGUAAACUAGGAUUACCAUGCAGAAACUGAGUUAAGUCUGAUGUUGACAAAGCAGUUUGUGGGGCACUGAAAACCAUUCCAGCCUUUUCUACAAUACAUUUUCUGUCUGCAACUUUGAAUCAAAUUAAGCGUUUUCUUCACCGACUUUAAUUUUUCUGUGGAGGUUUUGAUGAUGUUGAGUCAUAGUGACUUGUUUUAAUAUGAGAGGCAUGGUUUUGUACAUAGUGUAUGAAGGAAUGUCAUCUGUCUUUUCAGAAAUAUAACUGUUUCAGAUUCGUUAUCUGUUGUCCUCGUGACUUGAGAGUUUGUUAUUGUAGAUGUUCCCUUUCCUUAUUUAAAUGCUAAAGAAUCAAUAUAUAUAUUUCUGGUGCUGCCUGUUUGUAAUUUAUAUUGUCUAUGUUGUGUUUACCAGAUGUAAAAUUGUUUUUUAAGAGACUUUAACCAUUUUUGGGGCCAUAAUGAGCCAAUAAAAAUGAUUUAAACUAA